CUCCCCCACCGGUCUGUCUAUGGACAUCUCCAGCUUUCCCUCCCCAGCCCCCUCCUCCAGAGCACUAACAGCUGUCUGCACAGGGCUCACACACAAUAAGGGGAGCGUGACUACUCUGUACAUUCACAUCUCCACACACAAGGCAGACAUCUUCAUUGUGUGCAGCAGAAGAGGAGAGAAUGGUGUGAUCCCUGCGCUGUGCUUCCAGUGGCAGAGGGAUGAUGCUGAUGCUGCUGCUGCUGCACUUGCUAUGCAGCUAAUGAUUAAUUGCACUGCUCUGAGGCCUUUACUGCGCAUGCUGCAGGUACACACUGCUCCUCCAUCUUAAGCUUCCUGCAAAUGCAGGGACCAGGACACAGCCUUUUAAUAAAUAAAGCAGCCAAUCUUGGCGCCUUAUUUAUCUCGCUUCCAUUGCUGCAUCUGGGAAGGCUACGUACGGACAAAUCCCAUUCCUAUUUCCUGAACGAAGAGCCAGCGGCCUCCGGUGCGAUAUAUGGGCUAGCAAGCAGUCCGGAGCUCAGCGUUUUCCCUGAGGACACAGUCUCCAUCAUGCACAUCUAAAGGGACCUUGACUUUUUUUUUUUUUUUUUGUGGAUCCCAGGAAUAUGAUGGAUAUUUACAGAACUGCCAUUUGUGUCUGAAGGGAAGCUGUAAGUUAACCUGAGGGUCAGUUGUGCUGAAAUUAAUGCAUCGAGAUGAAGUUCGUUUUGGGAAUCUUGCCAUUCCUUCUGUUUUCUCUUUGGCUGGAUGGAGUGCAUUCUAAAGAAAAGUCGUCAAAAAAAGGGAAGGGAAAGAAGAAGCAAUAUCUCUGCCCAUCCCAACUGUCUGCAGACGAUCUUGCAAGAGUUCCUCCUAACUCAACUAGCAACAUAUUGAACAGACUUUUGGUCACUUAUGACCCAAGGAUCAGACCAAAUUUUAAAAGUAUUCCAGUUGAUGUUGUAGUCAACAUAUUUAUUAACAGCUUUGGAUCGAUCCAGGAAACAACCAUGGACUACAGAGUGAAUAUUUUCCUAAGGCAGAGGUGGAACGACCCUCGGCUUAAACUUCCCAGUGAUUUCAGAGGUUCAGAUGCCCUCACUGUAGAUCCGUCUAUGUUUAAGUGUCUGUGGAAGCCAGAUUUAUUUUUUGCCAAUGAAAAGAAUGCCAAUUUUCAUGAUGUCACUCAAGAAAACAUCCUCUUAUUUAUUUUUCGUGAUGGAGAUGUCCUUCUGAGCAUGAGGUUGUCCAUAACCUUAUCCUGUCCUCUGGAUCUAACUUUGUUCCCAAUGGAUACUCAACGUUGCAUGAUGCAGCUGGAAAGUUUUGGAUAUACAACGGAUGACUUGCGGUUCAUUUGGCAGCCAGGAGACCCUGUUCAAAUGGAAAAAAUUGCAUUGCCUCAGUUUGAUAUAAAGACAGAAGACAUUGAAUAUGGUAACUGUACAAAAUACUACAAAGGCACUGGUUACUACACAUGUGUUGAGGUCGUCUUUACAUUGAGAAGACAGGUGGGCUUCUAUAUGAUGGGCGUCUAUGCUCCAACUCUGCUAAUUGUUGUCCUGUCCUGGCUAUCUUUUUGGAUCAAUCCCGAUGCCAGUGCUGCCAGGGUACCAUUAGGUAUAUUUUCAGUUCUGAGCUUGGCGUCUGAAUGUACUACCCUAGCCCAAGAGCUGCCAAAGGUGUCAUAUGUGAAAGCAAUUGACGUGUGGCUAAUCACGUGCCUCCUCUUUGGCUUUGCCUCUCUUGUCCAGUAUGCUGUAGUGCAGGUCUUCAUGAACAGCCCAAAGAGAAUUGAAGCAGAGAAAGCCAAAAUUGCAAAGGCUGAACAAGCUGAAAAGGGACCCAACGCAACAAAAAAGAAUACGGUCAAUGGGACGGGUACACCAGUCCAUAUCAGCACAUUACAAGUUGGAGAAACAAGAUGCAAAAAAGUCUGCACGUCUAAAUCUGAUCUGAGAUCCAAUGACUUUAGCAUCGUUGGAAGCUUGCCUAGAGAUUUUGAAUUGUCCAAUUAUGACUGUUAUGGAAAACCAAUUGAAGUCCUCAAUGGCCUGGGAAAAUCCCAAGCCAAAAUUAACAAAAAGCCUCCUCCUGCCAAGCCAGUGAUUCCAUCGGAAGCCAAACGGAUCGACCUGUACUCAAGAGCAUUGUUUCCAUUCAGCUUCUUGUUCUUUAAUGUCAUAUAUUGGCUUGUAUAUUUAUGAUAGCAUCAGUUUUCACUCUAAGUUCACUAAACAAGCCAUCAUUUUUUUCACCCCCCUUAAGGCCAACCAGUGAUCUUGUCUACAUUUGCAGAGCGAUAUCCUACAUUGUAGAUGCCAUGCAACUGUAAUAUUAAUUGGCUUUUUUUAAAUGGAAGCAUGACACUGCAAUGUCUGUGCUUAAACUGAUGUACAUAGGUGUAAAGUCAACACUCAGCUAUAUACACAGUUAUGAGUAACGCUUACAUAAAUCCCCCAACCUCUACCGUUUUCAUAUGAAAAGUUAUGAAAUGCUUAUAAAGAAAAUUGUGCACGUUGAGCCUCAUUCAAAUCAUAUAUGUAGUAUUUAAAGGUCAAUUCUAAUUAUUUUCAAAUGAAAAAAUAAAAAUAUAUAUAUAUAUGUAUAUGUUUGGAUAGCACUUUGUCCGAACAAAUAUGUACAGUUCUUCAUAUAAUAUAUAUAUAUAUACUGAAUUCGUAAUUAAACAAUAGAGUUCAAAAAAGCUCUUAUCAAUGUGUAAGAUAACUGAUCAAAGACUAUUUUUUGUAAAAUGAUCUAUUUAAGAAGUUGCGCUGUAUUCUUUGCGUGAGCUAUAAUUAAUGUGUUAAAAAAAAUAUUAAAAACUGUAAAUUAAA